AUGUUCCCCCAACGUUCCGGAGUCCCAACGUUCCACCAACGUUCCGGAGACACAAUGUUCCACCAACGUUCCACCAACGUUCCACCCACAUUCCCCCAAUGUUCCAACAACGUUCCCCAACGUUCCACCAACGUUCCCCCAACAUUCCGGAGUCACAACAUUCCACCAACGUCCCUCCAACAUUCCAACAAAGUGCCCUCAACAUUCCGGGGUCACAACAUUCCCCCCCAAUGUCCCCCAAUGUUCCGGAGUCACAACGUUCCUCCAACGUUCAACCAACAUUCCCCCAAAGUUCCGGAGUCACAACGUUUCCCCAAUGUUCCCCAACAUUCCGGAGUCACACUGUUCCAACAACGUUCCCCCAACGUUCCGGAGUCACAACGUUAUACCAACGUUCCACCAACGUUCCACCAACAUUCCCCCAAUGUUCCCCAACGUUCCGGAGUCCCAACGUUCCACCAACAUUCCACCAACGUUCCCCCAACAUUCCGCAGUCACAAUGUUCCACCAACGUUCCACCAAUGUUCCACCAACGUUCCCCCAACGUUCCGGUGUCACAAUGUUACACCAACAUUCCACCAGCGUUCCCCAACGUUCCGGAGUCACAACGUUCCACGAACGUUCCACCAACGUUCCACCAACGUUCCCCCAACAUUUCCCCAACGUUCCACCAACGUUCCACCAACGUUCCAAACAACGGUCCCCCCACGUUCCCCCAACAUUCCGGAGUCACAAAGUUCCACCAACGAUCCCCCAACAUUGCCCCAAUGUUCUGCCAACGUUCCCCAACGUUCCGGAGUCCCAACGUUCCACCAACUGACAGUGUUCCACCAACGUUCCACCAACAUUCCCCCAAAGUUCCGGAGUCACAACGUUUCCUCAACGUUCCCCAACAUUCCGGAGUCACACUGUUCCAACAACGUUCCCCCAACGUUCCGGAGUCACAACGUUCCACCAACGUUCCACCAACGUUCCACUAACAUUCCCCCAACGUUCCACCAAUGUUCCACCAACAUUCCACCAAUGUUCCCCCAACAUUCCGCAGUCACAAUGUUCCACCAACGAUCCACCAACGUUCCCCCAACGUUCCCCGAACGUUCCGGAGUCACAAUUUUACACCAACAUUCCACCAACAUUCCACCAACGUUCCCCAACGUUCCGGAGUCACAACAUUCCACCAACGUUCCACCCACGUUCCACCAACGUUCCCCCAACAUUCCCCCAAUGUUCCGCCAACGUUCCCCAACGUUCCGCAGUCACAACGUUCCACCAACUCCCAAAGUUCCAUCAACGUUCCACCAACGUUCCCCCAAAUAUACCCCCAAUGUUCCCUCAACGUUCCCUAACGUUCCGGAGUCUCAACGUUCCACCAACGUUCCACCAACGUUCCACCAACGUUCCCCAAAGUUCCGGGGUCACAACAUUCCACCAACUUCCCCCAACGUUCCCCAACGUUCCGGAGUCCCAACGUUCCACCAACGCUCCACCAACGUUCCCCCAACAUUCCGCAGUCACAAUGUUCCACCAACGUUCCACCAACGUUCGACCAACAUUGCCCCAAUGUUCCGCCAACGUUCCCCAACGUUCCGGAGUCCCAACGUUCCACCAAGGUUCCACCAACGUCCCCCCAACGUUCCAACAAAGUGCCCUCAACAUUCCGGGGUCAAAACACUCCCCUCAACGUUCCCCAAUAUUCCGGAGUCACAACUUUCCACCAACGUUCCCCAACAUUCCGGAGUCACAGUGUUUCACCAACGUUCCACCAACGCUCCCCUAACGUUCCACCAACGUUCCACCAGUGUUCUACCAACAUUCCCCCAACAUUCUGGAGUCACAACAUUCCACCAACGUCUCUCCAACGUUCCACCAACGUUCCAACAAACUUCCCCCAACAUUCCGAGAAUGUUCCCCCAACGUUCCCCAACGUUCCGGAGUCCCAACGUUUCACCGACGUUCACCCAACGUUCCACCAACAUUCGGGAGUCACAACAUUCCACCAACAUUCCACCAAAAUUCUGGAGUCACAAUGUUCCACCAACGUUCCACCAACGUUCCCCCAACAUUCCCUAA